CCAGACUCCAGUCCCUCAACUACUGGGCGACCUCAUUAAGAAAGGUAUAGCAAGAAAGUUUUACCUCUCCAUCAUCAUCGAACGCCACAUCAAAGUCGAAGCCCUCCUGGACACGGGAGCCGACAUCACUCUAAUGUCAACUGAACUCCUUGAAGAAGUCCAAGAAAGAACAAAGAGGUCUAAUAGCACCCUCAAACUUCAAAGGUGCGAGCUGAACCUUCAAGCAUACUCCCACACGGGCCUACAACUAAAACACAUGGCCCCAAUUCACCUAACAGUGGGACCAAUGGACCUUGUUCACCCAGUAUACGUCUCACCACUCAACACGUAUCCACUCCUCAUUGGAAAAGACCUGCUUAAUCGCUUUGAACCCUUAAUUGACUUCAAGCAACUAAAGAUAUGGACGCAAGUCCGUGAGCCUCUACCCUGCCAGUCAGUAGACUCCAAUGAGUCGCAGUGUCAAACCACAGACACCGCCGCCAACUCACUGACUGAUGAUGCAAUGUCAAAGCCAGGGCCAGGGCCAAGCUCAACUCCAAGCAGCAAGAACCUGGACCCUUUCCUCUGCUCAUUGCAGGCGCCUGACUCAGACUCAGGCCUCCUUCGAAUCAUGACUGCCAUAAAUGUCCACGACACCUCAGUGUCCGACGCAGCAUUAACCCUGUGGGCGGAGAACUCAGCUAUCAGCCUGAAGCUAUUCAGAGCAUUGAAACAAAGACCGCAGAGCCUCCCCCAUGUCUCAAGACACAGCCGCUUCCCUCUCAGUCCCUGGUCGACAACCAUGGCUACCUCCAAGAUCAUCUGCGCUGUGGACAUACGAUGGAACAACAGACACCUGAGUCACUACUUCCUCGUUGUCCCCAACCUACCUCAUGACAUCUGCAUUGGAGCAGACAUCAUGGUCCGGCUCAAUGCCUGUGUGGACAUCGUGAACGACGUCAUAUGGGCUCCCCUGUCGCACCAACUUACCACUGCAGUCAACCUCAAGAACCUUCGAUCUGGUCAAACAAUGCCAGACGCAUGCGCCAUGAUCAGUGAGCAAGAAGUUGCAAUACCUGCCUACAGCAAGAGUGUCAGCGUCCGGCCUCAACAUGCGACCUGGCCACUCUCUCGACAGUAA